GUUGAGGAUAUCAAAUGAGAUCGGAACCUGAGUAAGGGGCGAAGAACAAGCGGAAUGUCCGUGGAUACAGGCAGAGUAUGGAAUUGUUCAUGUAAUUCAUGACCCGGGAUAAGAAGGUGUUCAAAACUUGGAGGGUGUCCCUGGCAUCCUGGCAUUUGACAACUGGGCAGAAACUAUUAUCUUGCUGGUUCGAGAGCAGCACAGGACUGAAGCAGAGCCGGCGCACCAUGAAGCACAACGGUGCCUCCUGCGCUGUGGUGGAGCCCGCCCCGUGCCCCUGUCUGCUGGAUUGCGGCAGGAGCGGUGGCAGCAGCAGGGCCCAGGCCGGCGCCCACGACCCAGCAGCGUGGGCAUCGAAGAGCGCCGCCGCCGUGGGCGCGUCUGCGUCCGCCGCCGGUCCCCGAAACAGAUCCAACGGGGCGGUGGGCGCCUGGUGCAGCAGCCCAGAGUGUGCGGCCAGGCGGGCGGAGGCCGUGGAGAAGGAGGGCCGGGGAGGACUGGGCAAGGUCCUGGUGACCGGCGGCGCCGGCUACUUUGGGUUCAGGCUGGGGCGGACCCUGGCCAGCCAGGGGGUGAAGGUGGUUCUGCUCGACCUGCACAAGCCGCUGUCGGAGGUCCCGGAUGGGGUUGUCUUCUUUCAGAGUGACAUUCGAGAUUACGAGUCCCUGUACAAGGUGUGUGAUGGGGUGGACUGCAUAUUUCAUACGGCGUCUUAUGGAAUGUCUGGUCCUGAGCAGCUAAAGAAAGAUCUAGUUGAAUCUAUCAACGUUGGAGGAACCAACAACGUUAUUAAUGUGUGUUCAGAGCGUGGAAUAACCCGUCUGGUCUACACCAGCACCGUGAAUGUGGCCUUUGCUGGGAAACCCAUAGAGGAUGGGGAUGAGGACACGGUGGCCUGCCUUCCCCUGGACAUGCACAUAGACCACUACUCCAGGACCAAAGCCAUAGCAGACCGAAUGGUGCUGGCAGCCAAUGGAAGGACGCUGAAAGGGGGCGAUGUGCUGCAGACCUGCGUGCUGCGUCCGUCGGGGAUCUACGGCCCAGAGGAGAGGCGCCACCUCCACCGGGUGAUGGUCAACGUGGAGAGGCGUCUCUUCAGCUUCAGCUUCGGGAACCCGCGGGCCCAGAUGAACUGGGUGCAUGUGGACAACCUGGUCAUGGCCCACCUGCUCGCUGCAGAGUCACUGACCCCAGAGCGAAGCUGCAUAGCGAGUGGACAGGCCUACUUCAUUAACGACGGGGUGUCUGUGAACAUUUUUGAGUGGUUCACGCCUUUGUUUGAGAAGCUGGGGUACAGCCGGCCUUUGAUCCACCUCCCCGUCUGUCUGGUCUAUGCAGCAGCCGUGCUGAUGGAGCGCGUGCAUCUGCUGCUGAGACCCCUGGUGGAAAUCCCACUGCUCUUCACCAGAAAUGAGGUGAGAAACAUCGCCAUCAGUCAUACCUUCAAGAUCGACAAGGCGCGACGCGAGCUGGGCUACUCUCCCAACAAGUACAGCCUGGCCGACGCGGUGGACCACUACCUGAAGAACCAGCAGCUGCACUCGGGCCAGAGCGGGCCCCUGUCCUCCCAGCUCUUCUUCCUGCUGGUGCUGCUCUUCAUGGGCCUGGUCACCCUGCUGCUCUGCUCCGGGGGGUGGGACCAGAGGCACUGAGCCGCUCCAGCAACUGACCCGAAAGCACUGAUUCACCCCAGAGACUCGUAAGAAACACACUGUGCCUGACCACAGGCUGCCUGGUACACCUUGAAGCACAUAAUCGAUUAUAAACAGCAGCACACACACACACACACACACACACACACACACACACACACAGAAAGAGAAGAGUGCAUUGCAUACAGUAGUGGGUGUGUGGGGGCAGAGGGUGUGUGUCUGCUGCAGGGAUAACUUUAUUAUUUGUGUUGACAUAUUUAUUCUGGAGAUGUAAGGGAAAUACUCAUUAUUUAACAAUUCUCUUCAGGAAAGACUCAUUUAAUAUCGGCGUUGCAAUAAUAGAUUGCUAGUUGAAUUAUGUCAUCAAUUGCAAGCGAUUUUGUUUUUGAUUAUGAUUCCAAAUCAUACUGUAUCUAGAGCCAUUGUAACCCAAUUCCAGGCUAAUCCAUGGGCAUAUUUGCAGUCGGUGUCAGAUGGCAAACAUGAUAGCACCAUCACUACUUUGGUCUGAGAAUGACCAUUUUCAUCAUCUCAAACUGGUUUUACACACAUUUCUUCAUACAGUGGCUGUUGGUCACUUCCUCCAAAAUAUCCAUUGCUUCCUGAGGAAUACCCACAGUGCCAUAUUUAGAAACCCCCAAGAAUCCCUUGUUGGGGAGGUUGUUACUCUCUCUAAUUGGCAUUGAUAUUGAUGUCCUGAUAAUUAAAUGGCCCCAGAUAUAGUAAAGCAGUAACAAAAAAGGCCUCUAGGCCUCCAUGUCUGCCUUAUUAAGUCUGGAGAUAAGCCCACAUCCCUUGGUACAUUUUAGUCUUCCAGAGAGAGAGAGAGAGAGAAAACGAGAGAGAAAGCACUCUAAUGGAUAGAUAUACUUUACUGUUUAGGACUGAAACACUUAGAUGUGAACGUUUGAAUAGAUAGUUGGACCAGACCUUCGGUGGUCAAAGACAAAACAAGUACAUACUGUAUAUUGUCCCCAGAGACAUACAUAUAUAGAUAAAUGACUGCUGUGAAUGUAGACACUUGUAGUCUUCCUAUGCAAUGGACCUAAAUGAUUGUCCACUAAUCCAAUCUAACCUCUGUACAAAUAGAAGUGAAUGUAGAAGUUUAUGGGUUGCAAAUUGGGCACAGAGACUUUUGUGUCAUUGGCAGGUAAUGAACCAGAGUAUUGACUAGUACACAGUACUAUAUUAGCUAUGUUAACAAUAUUAACAAGCCUUACAGUAAUAGCAAUAAUCUUCGUUCAUUUAAGCUGUUAGUAUGUUUGUGUUGUUCAUGAAUGUGGGUGCUGGUGACAUGCUUCUAAAAGUAUUAACAUGCAUAACAUGUAUAAUUUGUAACAUGAUAAAUGCAUAUACAGUGAGGAGCACAUGUAUUUGAUACCAUGCUAAAACAGGAAUAUAAAAUCAUCAUUUGACAAUUGAUCUUAAUGCCUU